AUGAGCGCAAGGGCCCUGGCCAGUGUCCUUUGGGUGGUGCUGCUGGCGCCGUGGAGACUCUGGCACCGGGCUGAAGCGGGCUGCUCUGAAGAGAGAAGAUGCUGCCCUGGCCGGGACCCAAGCUGUGCCAGCACCGGCUGGAGGAUGGACAGAGUCUAUGGGACCUGUUUCUGUGAUGAAGCCUGCAAGCUCACGGGGGACUGCUGCUAUGAUUACUCGCAGGCGUGCCCAGCUCUUCCGUGCAUCAUUGGGGAGUGGAGUCACUGGAGUGGCUGUGCAGAGCAGUGUAAGCCUAAUUUGCGAAUGCGUAGGCGCUAUGUGAAGCAGGAACCUAAAAAUGGUGGGGAACCUUGCCCCAUACUUGAAGAGAAGUCUGGCUGCCUGGAAUACCUGACUUACCAGGGGAAGGACUGCGGACAUGAACACGUUCCUGCUUUCAUAACUACCUCUGAAUACAGUAAGGAAAGAAAAAGACGAGCUGUCUCUCCACUGUGGUCUUCAGAUUCAGAGGAAGCUGGAUAUUGUGUGGAAUUUAAAACUGAAUCACUCUCUCACCAUUGCACUGUGGAGAAUCGGCCAUACGCCCGCUGGAUGCAGUAUCUACGAGAGGGGUAUACUGUGUGUGUAGCUUGCCAGCCUCCAGCUAUGAAUACUGGCAACCAUCGUUGUUCUGGAGAUGGCGUCGGUGCUGAUGGAAAUAAAGUUCUCCGUUGGCAAGCUGUUGGUAAUCCUCGGUGCCAAGGAACAUGGAAGAAAGUUCGGCAAGUGGAACAAUGUUCAUGUCCUGUUGUGCAUAGUUUUAUUUUUACAUAA